AUGGCUGAAUCGAAAAAGGUUGCUUUGGUCUUUGGGGCCAGCGGAAUCUCCGGCUGGGCCGUCACCAAAUGUGCUCUUUCCUACCCCACACCCACCACCUUUGACCGAGUGAUCGGCUUGACGAAUCGGCCGUUGCCCAUAGAGAAAAGUGGUUUGCCGCAUGACCCUCGACUGGAGCUGCAUUGCGGCGUGAAUCUGCGGGGAAGCUUGGAGGAGGUGAUGUCCCAGCUGCAAGAGAAGGUUCCCAACCUGGAGGAAGUCACCCACGUGUAUUACCUUGCCUACUCCAAUGCCACCGCAUACUCCAUGGAUGUGAUGGCUAUUCGGGAAAUCAAUGUGGGAAUGACAUAUAACGCCGUGCACGCGGUCGACCGGUUGUGCAAGAACCUGAAGUUCUUUGUGCUUCAAACUGGAACCAACAACUAUGGCGUCGCGGUGUUUCGAUACCAAGAACACAUCGAGAUCAAGCCUCCCUUGCGCGAGGACAAUCCGCGCAUUCCUUCCCCGUGGGGAGACGAGAUCUUCUACUAUGGACAGGUGGAUUUGAUCAAGGAAGCCAAUAAGGGGAAAACCUGGAAAUGGUGCGAGGUUCGACCGGAUCAGAUUGUCGGCCACGUUCCAGUCCCCACCAGCAUGACAUACGUCGAACCCCUCGCGCUCUACUUGAUGCUAUACCGCUAUGUCAACGGCCCCGGUGCCACAGUCGUCUUCCCCGGACCCUACACCAACUAUAUCCACACCCAUACCCCAUCUUCACAAGAUAUCAUCGCCCGUUCCGAGCUCUACCUGUCCCUCGAAAAACCCGACCAAGCACACGGCGAGGCAUUCAACACGGCCGACAGCACCACCCCCGCCCCAUGGUCCCUCGUCUGGCCCAAAAUGUGCGAAUUCUUUGGUCUUGUAGCUGAAGGUGCUAGUCCCGAAGACAAGGGCUGGAAGGGCAUCGACAAGUGGUGGAUCGCCCACCAGGACGACUACCAAAAGAUGUGCGAGGAGUAUGGUCUCCGUCCGCGCGAGAUCUCCGAGGCGACGUGGAUUUUCCUUGCCGCUGGAUUCAGCUUCCUGGGUCGUGAUCGCGAUCUGUGUCUGGAUAAGAUCCGCAGUGUGGGGUUCACGGAGGAGUAUCCGGUGGCGUAUGGGUAUUUCCGGGUGUUUGAUCUUUUGGUUCAGGAGAGGAUUAUUCCAAAACAGGAGGACUGGAAGAACUAA